AUGGAGAGCAUUUUAGAACAGCAGCGGCGCUAUCACGAAGAGAAAGAGCGGCUUAUGGACGCGAAGACUAAGGAAAUGCUGCACAAAAAGUCCACGCUGCGGGACCAAAUAAAUUCUGACCACCGGACGAGAGCAAUGUUAGACAGGUAUAUGGAAGUGUGUGCAAACCUCAGAGACACUUAUGAAGACAAAGACGGGAUGAGGCGGGACGAGCUCGGAGCCAUCUCUGGACCCAAUGAGUUCGCAGAGUUCUACAAUCGACUCAAACACAUCAAAGAGUUUCACAGGAAGCAUCCGAACGAGAUCUCCAUUCCGAUGUCUGCAGAGUUUGACGAGUUAUUCAAAGCCCAGGAGAACCCCACUGAAGAAGCUCUGAACCUGGUGGAGUUCUCCGACGAGGAGGGAUACGGCCGCUUCUUGGACCUGCACGACUGCUACCUGAAAUUCAUCAACCUGAAGGGCGCAGAGAAACUGGACUACAUCACCUACUUAUCCUCAUUUGACCAGCUCUUUGACAUCCCCAAAGAGAGGAAAAAUGCAGAAUACAAAAGGUAUCUGGAGAUGCUGCUGGAGUACCUGCAGGAAUACACCGACCGGGUCAAGCCUCUGCUGGACCAGAACGACCUCUACAACAAAGUGCUGACCGAGUUUGAGAAGAAGUGGGACAACGGCACCUUCCCCGGCUGGCCUAAAGAGGCUAGCAGCGCUUUGACACACGCCGGAGCUCAUCUGGACCUCUCUGCGUUCUCGUCCUGGGAGGAGUUGGCUUCGUUGGGUCUGGACAGGCUGAAGUCUGCCCUCAUGGCUUUGGGCUUGAAAUGUGGAGGAACUCUGGAAGAGCGCGCACAGAGGCUUUUCAGCACUAAAGGAAAGUCCCUGGAGGCGCUGGACUCAUCUCUGUUCGCCAAGAACCCCAAAGCCAAGGGCCCAAAGAAAGACACGGAGCGCAACAAGGAGAUUGGCUUCCUGGAGUCUCAAGUUUAUGAAUACGUGGAGAUCCUCGGGGAGCAGAGGCAGCUGACCCACGAGAACGUGCAGAGGAAGCAGGCGCGCACAGGCGAGGAGCGUGAGGAGGAAGAGGAGGAGCAGAUCAGUGAGAGCGAGAGUGAGGACGACGACAACGAGAUCAUCUACAACCCCAAGAACCUGCCGCUGGGCUGGGACGGGAAGCCCAUUCCAUACUGGCUGUACAAGCUCCACGGGCUCAACAUCAACUACAACUGUGAGAUCUGCGGCAACUACACCUACAGGGGCCCCAAGGCGUUCCAGAGGCACUUUGCGGAAUGGAGACACGCCCACGGCAUGCGCUGCCUGGGUAUCCCCAACACGGCCCACUUCGCCAACGUCACACAGAUCGAAGACGCCGUGUCCCUGUGGUCAAAGCUCAAGUCCCAGAAGGCUUUGGAAAGAUGGCAGCCAGACACAGAGGAAGAGUACGAAGACUCCAUUGGAAAUGUGGUGAACAAGAAGACAUACGAGGAUCUGAAGAGGCAGGGGCUGCUCUAG